ACGAAGAAUACGACUAAUGAAAACUAGAAUAUUUUCAAACUAUUAUCAACUUUCUUUUUAAGUUACAUCGAGUUACAUUUAAGUCAGAUUUCAUUCUGUGUUCUUCUUCUUUCUAAUAAUGGCUAAUGGUUUUUCAAGGUUUUUGCUCAUCUAUCUAUUGACAUCUAUUCUUAUUAGCGAAAAAUCGGUCUGAUACAUUUUCACACUAAUACAUUACAAUAUACAAAUGUGCUAGACGAUUCUCUUAUGAAACUCGUUCUCAACGAAUGUUAGCUGCCUUCUAGUUGUUUGUAUGAAUUGAAAUAUUACAUAACGAGAACCAGUGAUGGAUCCACAAUAGCAAGAUCUUAUGUUAGUUUUAAAAUGCUUUAAUUCAAGCAGGGUAAUCAUGUAAGUAAUACAGAUAAUGAUAUUGUAUCAAAAAGUGACAACAUUACUAGGAUUAUUUUCUUAUGAGUAGAUGCAAAAACAAUAUACGCCAUUGUUCACGUUCUAGUUUUUUUUCUUUGAGAUAGUUUCAUGUAGUUUACUUUGUUGUCUAUUACAAUUAGGUAGUACUGACUCAGUAAGUUCCACAUUAACAACAACUUCAACAACAACAACGAUUAUACGUUCAAUCGUAACAAUCACUCGACCAGGAGACACUAUUAUUGGAGUAUAUAACACAACGGCUGGUGCCUCUACGGGGGGUAAGGAUGGUAGGUAUUCGAUAAUUACUGAACACCCUGCUCAAGCCAUUGAUAACUCUACUUCCACAAAAUACUUCAAUUUUGGAGGCACUGGUGACUAUAACGUAGUGGCCUCUGUACCUGGAGUUGGCACUGGUUUCUAUGUUAUACCUGCCAUUAGCAAUGCUUCAAUUGCCAUAAGUCUUCUCUUUGCAACUGCAAAUGAUUCUCCUAAUCGUGAUCCAAUCACAGUGACUCUCGAAGGAUCCAACGCUAAUGCACUUGAUAAUGGAUCGAGCUGGGCACUUAUCUAUAGUGGUUCGACUGGCAUCAGUCACACAGCGGAUCCAGGUCGAAUGGUAUAUGUUACUAGACAAAAUUUUUCGAACACAAUUGCCUAUAGAAGUUAUCGACUUCUUGUUACUUCUCAACGUGCUCCAGAAUGGGGUGUUCAAUAUUCGGAAGCUCAAAUUAUUGGCUAUAUUUAA